UCCCAAAAUAUGCCUUUCUUGAAUGAACAUUUCGGUACAGGAGACAGUUACUCUCCCAGACCUCAAACGGUGGACGAAUUAGUAGGCAACUAGUCAGUUGAUGGCCUCCGCGUUGACGCUACCAAACACGGCUUUUCAGGCAGUAGAAGGUGCUUUUGCGCCAGGUACAGAGGCAAUGGAAGUUUUGACCUGCACCAAGGUCACUGCCAAUAAUCAAGGGGAGAUCACGGUGGGUAUGUAUGCCGGAGAGCCAAAGGUUUUCUUUCCUGUGAAUAAGCUGACCGGGUCUGAAUUAUGCGGGUUUUGCAAGUCAGCCAGUUGCUUCAUGCUCUACGAAUAACCCCAAGGACAAUCAUUCACAUUAACGCCAUUUAGCAUUCAUCUCCUGGGCAUCAAACAUGGCUUUUUUUUGAACCUUUUGCUCGUAUUAAUAAUAU